GUUUCGCAGCUUGGAGUUUCUUUCCUCUACCCAUGUUGGCCGAGUGCUGUACUCAGUUAAUUGAUCGGCAUGCAUUCACAGUUUUCUUGCUCGGGUUUGUGAUAAAGAUGGAGUUGGAGUUGGGGUUGAAGCGAAUCAGAGGGUGUGCUGGUGCCCUGUUCAUGUGCUCCGUCUUCCUCCUCUCAGUUUGGGCACUCUCUCUGUCUCAUCCCACACCUACUCCUCCUCCAUGUGUUGGGUUGGAUGGUAUCCUCAGUUCUCCACUGCCUGGCAAACCUCAUCCUAAUUAUAUUCAGGAACUGGCGUCUGAGAUCGUGGUGGUGGGAGGAAGGAGGGAAUUGAGAACAAGUGGUCCCGGAUCUUCACCACCGCGAUGCAACUCAAAAUGUGGCAAAUGCACACCUUGUAAGCCUGUUCACGUGCCAGUGCCACCGGGAACACCGGUCAAAUCCGAGUACUACCCUGAAGCUUGGAGGUGUAAAUGCGGCAAUAAGUUGUUCAUGCCUUGAUCAUAUCCCUUUCUCCAUCUCUCCCAUUUUCUUUUAGCCGUAGUUAUCUAUAGCUUGCUACCCUCACUUUAUGUAUUGCCGUGCUUCAGAUUUAAGCAUAUUUCAUCGAUCUAUUGCUCAGGCGACGUUGUCGAUGAAUAUAGUUUUGAGAUUUGAGAAUA